UCAACCUCCUCAGAAAAUGUGUCCUCUCCCACCAUACAAAAUCACAGGUGUGAGAGAAUCUGAGAGUAACGCCUUGAACGCCUUGGAACCAUCUUCGGAUACAUACCCCAAAACUCAACCAUCCACAGAUCAGCUUCUUUUGGAGAGUUGUCUUUCUGCUACACCUGAUGGGUGCUCCUAAGCAGAAAUGGACACCAGAAGAAGAAGCAGCACUUAAAGCUGGAGUUGUUAAACAUGGGGCGGGUAAAUGGCGCACAAUACUUAAGGACCCAGAAUUUAGCGGUGUCUUGUUUCUGCGUUCAAAUGUGGAUCUCAAGGACAAGUGGAGAAACAUGAGUGUGAUGGCAAAUGGAUGGGGCUCAAGGGAGAAAGCUAGAUUGGCUCUCAGAAAGGUGCCAUCAGCCCCUAAAGCAGAAGAGAACCCUCUGUCUCUCGGUACAGCAGUUCAAAGUGAUGAUGAAACUGUUGAUACUAAGGCCCUUGCACUACCUAGCAAUCCUGUGCAGAUUACUGGUUCAAAACGGUCAUUCUCAAGGUUGGAUAAUUUAAUAUUGGAAGCUAUAACCAACUUGAAGGAGCCUGGUGGUUCUAAUAAAACUACUAUUGCUACAUACAUAGAGGAUCAAUAUCGGGCGCCUCCAAACUUCAAAAGACUAUUGUCCGCAAAAUUGAAGUUUUUUACAACAAAUGGAAAACUGGUUAAGGUGAAACGUAAGUACAGGAUUGCACAUACUCAAGCAUUUUCUGAGAGAAGAAGAAACUCUUCUAUGCCAUUCCUGGAGGGGAGACAGGGGUUUUCUCCCAAAGUUGACAAGGAUGACAUCCAUAUUCUCACUAAAGCCCAGGUUGAUUUUGAGUUGGCCCAGAUGAGGGGUAUGACUGCGGAAGAAGCAGCUAUAGUUGCUGCUCGAGCAGUUGCAGAGGCAGAAGCUGCCCUUGCAGAAGCUGAAGAGGCUGCAAGGGAAGCAGAUGCAGCAGAAGCUGAUGCAGAAGCAGCACAAGCUUUUGCAGCAGCAGCAAUGAAAACACUGAAAGGCAGGAGCAACCCAAAGACGAAUGGCCAUCCUUGAUACAAACCAGGAUCAAUGAACCUGUGUCUUCUGGAUUGAUGCCCAGAUGCCUGUACCUUUUCUACCAAAGUUGAAUUAGUAGACACAUAGACAGCACUUUCACAUUGACAGUUUCAUCUCUGGAUUUGUCUCUAUUUUGGGAACUUUCACUUUUAGGGCUGAUCUCCAUUUCAUUUUGGGAACUUUGACGAUGCUGCCAAACACGGGAACAGGGAAAAUAUAGUGUUGUAGAAUUAACUAUGGGUGUUCGUUAUACAGUCCUCUCCACUUAGUGUUUCAACUUUUGAGAUAGAAUUGAAUGGAUAGAAGGAAGUUUUGGGGCAUGGAUUGUGAAGAUAUCAACAUCUGUUGUUGCAUUUAUCUCUGUUGUCUGUUAUGGAUUCUUGUCAGAUUGCCAAUUUAAUAAAUUAUCCCUCCAUUUGUUUUUGGUUCUACAA